AAUCAUUCGGGACGGUCCCAACUGCAGCCUAUGCUGGUUAUGUUGGUGGCCCAGAUGAGGAUACUCGACAAGGUGGACACGCACACUCACAGAUGCAUAAUGUCCUGCCGCCUUCAUCAUUCGCCGCGAUGCCAUCAGCGGUUUCGGCAGUGCCACACCCUGCCACUCGUGAUGAUAUUGUCGAAGGAUAUGGCAUACAGCUCGACCCUACCCAGGCGACUUCGUACGAACAGGCACCCGAAGCCACUAGACGCAGCAGCGGUUCUUCGGUCCCGUCAACAAUGCACGGAUCGCCACUUGACAACCUAUCCUCUUCUGCACCUUCUGGCUCCUUGUCUCCACGUACCCACCACUCACUUACUGUCCGCCGAGUCAGACAUUCUAAACGACCUAUCAUGGCUCGAUCCGUCUUCGAUCCAAGCCUCCCGUCUCCCCCAAAGCGCAUCAUGUCACUUUGGUCCUCUUCGUCUCUCAGCGCCAAACCCUCAUCAGCACAAAUUGUAUCGAGGCAGGCUGUAGCUGGUCCGGGGCCAUCAUCGAGCGCUGCCGCCGGUACAGAAGUCGCGUCCUCCGAACCGAGUGGUCCUACGACCAUGGCGGACAUUCGACGCUUGAUCACACCGGAUAAUCUGAAACUCGGUAAACCCGUUGGCUUAUUCAAGCUUCUUCGCAAUCGAACGAUCAAGGAUGUCCAACACCCUCCACUCUUCACUCCCGAUGCUGCGCAGUUACACGAGAUCCUUGUCCAGCUCAAGAACCACGCGCCGCCGAUCUACUUGCUCAGAAUGGCAAGCGAUGACAAGUAUGCUCUUGUACUUAAAAAAUGGUUGAUCAGGUUUGGCAAAGACCCCAAAGAGUGGGGCAAAUGUAUAGCUCCCUUACUCCAAGUCUUGUCAAGGACUGAGAUGUCAUAUGACACGUUGACAGACUUUAAAUUCGGUAGACUCGCGAUCAAUAUGAUAGACAAGGCCAAAGAGGCGGGUGUGGAUGGGAUUAAAGACAUGGAGACCGCGUGGAAACAUUUUAAGAAGGCCGCAAUUGCCAUUGCGGAUGAGGAUAAGAAGCGUAAGGCGGACGAAGAGUCAGAAGGGAACAAAGUCGUAGACUCAAAUUCAGCGAAAAAGCAGCGGUCAGAGGAUGGUACAGCUCGACCAGUCAAAUCAGAGACAUCGCACGGAUCUGCAGAUAUGUCGUUUUUCGGGAAUACAUCUACACUCGCAGGUCCAUCUCGACCCAGGCCAAAGCUACCGGAUAUCAAAAAGCGAGAUCCGUCUGAAACAGCCCCGUCGAAGCUGCCUGCCUCAACUGGUCCGCCAACUCCGAAGCCGCCGAUGGCUCCAGCUGCGAGUCUGCUUGCGAGCACUCUGAAUGCAUUCAGACAGCAAGGUGCUGUCCGUCCCUCGUCGAACCAAGCUGUGCUAUCGGCCAACGCAGCUAUAUCUAUCGAUUCGCCACCUGCAGAAGUCAAACCUGCUGGUCCGAAACCGAACAAGAAGGGCCACGUUGUACGAUUCAGAGACAAUGUUCCUGACUCAGGCGACCUUGUCAUGGUCAAGGAGUUCAAAGAGGAAGCUUGGGAGCUCGAAAAAGCGCCAUGGCAACAGGACGAGGAUCUCGGUGGCAAAACCGCUCAUCAGCUUGACAUGGCAGAGGGAAGAGCACUGAGAACACAUGAAACGAUAGAGGCGGAGAUUGAUUGGUACGAGCCAUUGCUGUAUGAAGGAGGUGCAGAGAUUCCAGCACCGACGCCAGAAGUCGAAGAACAAGAAGCUCGAGAACGGGGUAUCCUUGGCGUCCUAUACACUGCCGCCGAAGUGCCUUCUGAUCCUGACGAAUCGGGAGUUCGAAUCGUUCAACGAGGACUUCAAACGGGAACAUGGUACCCGAUCCAUCACGAUACAUCGGCUGUCCCACCUGCAGCCCAGAACGCAGCCAUCUUGUCGGGUCUUCAAACGUCCGCCUCCGUCUCGGAGCUUCUUGGAUCUCUGAACAGAGAUCUGUUUGUCCCUCCGACUCAACAGCCACAAGUUUAUUCAUAUGGUCAAUCGCAGCCUGCGCCAGGUGCGAACUACAAUUAUUACUCUCAACAAUCUCAGCCUGCUGCCAGCGCACAGCCAUACGGCGGAGGAGGUAGUGCGUACCAGCAGUGGACCUAUGCUGGCUCCUCUGCAGCUGGAACCGGAGGAUACGCUGGAUACGGAUACGAACAAGCGAAUGAUCGUGAUCGCGAUCGGCGUGAUUGGGAUAGGGAGAGUGGUCGUUAUGGACGUGGUGGAGGCGGAGGAGGCAGCGGCGGCGGCGGCAGAAGACAUGGCACGGUGGUGUGCAAGCAUUGGCUUAAGAAUGCUUGUUUCAAGGGCGAAAACUGUACUUUCAGGCAUUCACGAGAUUGACCGAUUGUUUGACAACGUUACACGAGCUUGACGACGCAAUCGCUGUAUAUUUUGGAUGAGGCAGGCGGUUCGGAGCGGAUCGGCGAGUCAUCUCUCGAAAACUCAUACCGGGACCACUUCCAGCAAGUUCGACAGAUUUGGUGGCCCUCAGCGCAAACACACUUGUUGUAUCCCUUUUUGUAGCAUACCAUAUUGGACGUCCGGUGCAUGACCAAC